AUGUCUCCUACUUCUAAGCCUCACCCCGAAGCCUUCUGGCCAACUAUCAAACAGGCUAUAGAAAAGGGCAGCAACACCAACUCUGACAACCAGGCUAUCACCCCUCAAUGCCCUAUUUGUAUGGAGCCUCUCCCAGUGAAAUCUUUCCCUGUUGAAGGUGAGUUGGAUGCUGAGGUCUUGCUCUGCGGUCAUGUUCUCUGCCAACCUUGCCGUCAACAAUGGGAGCGAAGUAACUUGGGAGACCGGUGCCCUGCGUGCCGAACCUCUCUGUAUUGCAGUCGCUGCGGAGUGGACUCCAUCGCUCUAGCUAUCCCCAAGAAUGGCGAAGAAUCCAGUCUUCCUCCCGGUCUUCCUGAGGGCAAUCAAGACUUGUGUCCUGACUGUCAAGCUGAGGUUGAGUUUCACAGAGACGUUGAGAAUGGUGAGUGGCCUCAUAACCUAGAUGACAUGGAGCCUGGGUUUGUCAACCUUUUCUACCAUGUUGUUAACGAUAUUGAGAAGGGUAGUGAUAUUGCUACGCUGCGGAAGGUUCAGGAUGCGAUUAACGACACCAUCAUGCAGGAGUUUGAUAACAUGAUGGUGAGUCGUCGCAUGGUCACGCUUGGUCGUGGGAACACGUUGCGAAAGGCAAAUCCAUGGUACGCUGAGAACACCAAACGUCAGGAGAACCGCCGUCACGGGAUCAUCGGCUUUGACUCGGACGAUGAUGAGGAGCCUCAUGCAAACACUCCCGCCGGUGUCCCUUAUCCGAUUCGAAAUCCCUUCCUACUCGGUGAGGGUGAUAGACAGGUUCACCAGCCUGCACCACUACAGCCUCAGCCCGGGGAUGUUGUACGGGGCAGGCUGGCGAACAAUCCCGUGGAUCAUCGUGGCUAUGUCAAUCCGUUUGACGUCCAAGAUGGCAUUGCACCUCCAAAUGCAGCGGCACAGGCAGCUAGAUCAGCUCAAGAUCAUGAUAGGCAGCCACCAGAUGCUGAAGAACUUAGGCGCUGGUCUGCGUUUCUAGAACGGAAUUCUUCUCCAGCGAGAGCUGAAGCGGCCAGACCAGCUGCACCUCGUAACUUUCAAGCAGCGUCUGAUUAUGAGGAUGCGAACGAGAUUGCGAGUCUGACAGAUAGAAUCGGCCAAGUGGUCCAACAGAUUGGGAGCAAUCGGGAGGAAGGUUCAGCAACUAGACAGGCGAAUACACGGGCAACUAGAUGGGCGACUAGACGGGCGACAGGAGAGCCAGGAUCAGCACCAGGGGCUCCAGAGCCUCCCGCUCGACAAGUAGGAAGAGCGUCAACAGCUGCAGGGUCUAUGGCACGUCAGUCUCGUACUGCAGCACCACAGACAGCAGUACCAGCUCGAAACUAUCCAGAGGGGUCGGCGUCUGCAAUACUUGCGCAAUAUAGCCCCAUGUUUCACCGUUUAGAACGGUCUUUUACUAGACCAGCUGAUAUGCCUAGCUGGGACGAAAUUGUUGAUGAUACGAAUGCGUAUGAGGCUGCCCACUAUAAUGAUCCUAAUUAUCCCCCCCGAACACGCGCGGAGUAUAUCGCAGAGCACGAAGAGCACAUGAGAAGGAUUGUGGCCAAUAGACCGGUUGCAUCGUCGUCCAGUCCGGCAUCCGGUGCCUCACAGGACUUGAGCUCCAUGGACCUGGACGAUAGCGACGAGGACAUGUUGUCAGUUGAUCAGCCCGUAUCCCAGCGCUGA